AUGAUAUUAACGGGGUUCCGCACAACGAAGAUAUGGUGGGGUGAUGCUGCUGCUGCAAGUGCAGCAGCAACAGCAGCAGCAGCAGCAGCAGCAGCAGGAGCAGCAGCAGUAGCGUUAUGGUGGGGUGAUGCUGCUGCUGCAAGUGCAGCAGCAACAGCAGCAGCAGCAGCAGCAGCAGCAGCAGCAGGAGCAGCAGCAGUAGCAGCAGUAGCAGCAGCAGCAGUAGAAGUAGCAGCAGCAGCAAAUAUAGGGCGGCAACUGCAACAAGAGCUGCAACAGCACGAGAACAGCAACAGCAGCAGCAACAACAAAAGCAGCAGCAGCAGCAACAGCAGCAGCAGCAACAGCAGCAGCAGCAACAGCAGCAACAGCAAUAGCAACAGCUUACCGCUAGACCACCCCUGUGGAGAUGAGGGGCCUCGAAUAGACGUUCGGUUGCAGCAGCAGCAGCAGCAGCGCCUGCAGGCACUGCAGCAGGAGCAGCAGCAGCAACAGCAGCAAGCAGAACAACCUCUAGAGGCAGAGGAGGAGCAGCACCACCCCGCGCUGCAGCAGCAGCAGCAGCAGCAGCAGCAGCAUUCUCCGUUGCAGCAGCAGCAGCAGCAGCGCCUGCAGGCACUGCAGCAGGAGCAGCAGCAACAACAGCAGCAAGCAGAACAACCUCUAGAGGCGGAGGAGGAGCAGCACCACCCCGCGCUGCAGCAGCAGCAGCAGCAGCAGCAUUCUCCGGUUUCCCCGUCGCAGGAGGGCAGCCACACCAGACAGCAGCAGCUGUAG